AUGCCUACUAAAACCGCCGUCCUCACUACCGAGGCCCCCGCGCCACUCCCGGUGUUUUCCCAGGCUAUUGUCCACAAUGGCAUGCUUUAUUGUUCUGGGAGCAUUGGAAUGGAUCCAAAGACAAAUGAACUGGUCCCUGGAGGGGUUGCAGAAAGAACUGAUCAAGCCCUAAAGAAUCUUGUGGCAGUUCUGGAGGCAGGCGGCAGUAGCUUAAGGAAUGUUGUCAAGACAAACGUCUUCAUUGCCACCAUGGAUGACUUUGCGGAAAUGAACAAGGUGUACCAGACUUAUUUCAAAGAUGAACCGAAACCAUGCCGGACCUGCGUUGCUGUGAAGCAGCUGCCUUUAGAUACCGACGUUGAGAUCGAAUGCAUAGCUUAUUUGUACGAAGCUUCUCUUUGA